GAUGCAGCAGUGCAGGGAGAAGAAUAUUCAGGAGAAUUCUCCUGAGGGCAAGAGCCAAGCUGGCUGAUGUGGUCAAUGUAGGACAUCAACAAACACAGAUAACAGGAAAUGAUCCAUUCCCUGUGGUCACUCAUUCUAAAGACCCGAACCUUCAAAAUUCAGGGAGUGAAAUGAAUGACUCCACAGAAGGGAAGCAGUCACGCCUUUCUCCUUGUCCUAAGAAAAGAGAAGAAAUGAAACUGAAGGAGUGUGUCUCCAUCCUCCCCCAGAAGGAAAGCCCCUCUGUCCGGUUCUCCACGCUGCUGGCCUUGACCUUGCUGCUGGCCCUGGUGUCCUGCUGCCUCACGGUGGUGUCCUUCAGCAGAGUGGCUGCCCUGCAAGCGGAGCUGAAGAGCCUCCGGGAGGAACUGCAGGAGCACCAAGCUGAGCAGCUGCCAGGCCCUCCCCAGGCGGGAGCAGCAGCCCCCAGGGCAGCUGUGCAGGAAGCUCCAGCUGACACCUCUGCCCUGAAAGGGAUCUUUGCACUACCAGCUUCAGGAGAAAGCAACUUCAGUCAAAGCAUCAGGAAUAAGCGUGCCACUCAGGGUCCAGAAGAAACAGGGGCUUACACGUUUGUUCCAUGGCUUCUCAGCUUCAAAAGAGGAAGAGCCCUAGAAGAAAAAGAAAAUAAAAUAUUGGUCAAAGAAACCGGUUACUUUUUUAUAUACGGUCAGGUUUUAUACACCGAUAGCACCUUCGCCAUGGGACACCUAAUACAGAGGAAAAAAGUCCAUGUCUUCGGGGACGAACUGAGUCUGGUGACUUUGUUCCGAUGUAUUCAAAAUAUGCCUGAAACGCUACCCAACAAUUCCUGUUAUUCUGCUGGCAUUGCGAAGCUGGAAGAAGGAGAUGAACUUCAACUUGCAAUACCCCGUGAAGAUGCUAAAAUAUCACAGGAUGGGGACGGCACUUUUUUUGGUGCAUUGAAACUUCUGUGACCUACUUACACCUUGUUUGUGGCUAAUUUGCUCCCUUUCUAUGUAUCUUUAAGGAGAAAACACUUAACUGGAAAUACCAAAAGGAAAAAGAGUAGUUACUAUAGCCUUUUCUGUGAGCUAUUUGUUUUGGUUUGCUGAAACCAGACCAAACAGGAAACGUAACAGACAACCACAGCCAAAGGGUGUCAUGUGAAUUACAAGAAAUCGAGCUCAUUCAAAGAAAGAUAGAGUUAGAAAGAUUUUUUUCGUUAUAAUGCCAUGUUGAACAACUUAGUCAUAGCUUCUUGUCUUAGAGGAAGCUCAGGUUUCAAAGGAGCCAUAAUCAUUUGUUCAAAAUGGUAUUCUAUUAUUUACUAUGAAAUAAGUGCCCAUAUCUACAGGAUAAUAAGACAUAUUGGGGAAAUUUCAGGAUUCAUCCUCUAUAUUUAUGUGAAA